AUGGGCGCUUGUGGAUCACGACCUGAACAUAAAACCAAUACUACUCCUUCCGAUAUGAUUACUAUUGGAGGACAAAAAGAAGAAGGAUAUGCACAACUUGAUAAUGAUGGUGAAUUAUUCUUCAAAAUUUUAUUAUUGGGUGAUAGUGGAGUUGGUAAAUCAACCAUCUUGUCCAUGUUUAGUGACAGUAAAUUCAAUGUGAAUCAUGUCAGUACUGUUGGAGUAGAUUUUAAAACAGUACAUUUAACAGUUUUGAAUCGACCAGUUCAACUUCAAGUGUGGGACACAGCUGGUCAAGAACGAUAUCGAUCCAUCAUUACAGCAUAUUAUCGAGGUGCACAUGGUAUAUUAUUAACGUUUGAUCUUACAAGACGAGAAUCCUAUGAUAAUAUAAGGCGUUGGUUAUUAGAUGUCAAUAAGCAUGCUCAUCAACAUACAAAAACAGUACUUGUUGGUAAUAAGAAAGAUGUUGAUCAUAUGAGAAAUGUUACAAGAGAAGAAGCAGAAGAAUUAGCAAAAGAAUUGGGAAUUAAAUAUUUUGAAGUGAGUGCAAAGGCCAACGACGGAAUUAAGGAAGUUUUUGAUGACAUUGCUCAACAAUUAAUAGAAUCCAUGUAA